UCUACGACAAGCAACUAAGAAGGAGUGAGGAGGUGCCUAGUGUAUGGAAGCACUUGGAUUUCGGAAGUUGGAGACCGGAGUAUCCAAGUGGUGAAGAUGAGUGACCGAAGGGAGCACUCGCGAAGGGAUCACCGUUCAAGCAGUGAAGAUCGUUCCGGCUACCGUAGCAAUGACCGUGGAUACGAGCGGGAGAGAGCCUACCGAAGAUCGCCACCGCGAUGUUUCUCUUGCAAUGAACGGGGGCACUACGCUAACCAGUGCCCCAACAGGAGUCGGCCUUCUACAUCAUUUGAGGUGAGAAGGGGUAGAUCUACGUCUCCUACUACAAGGGAGGGCACGGAUAAAGCACAAGAAGCAGUGGUUCUCCAACGACAGAUUGAAGAGCUUAACAAAAGCCUGGCCUCAGUGUCUGAGUUUGUAUUGGCUGAGAAGACGAAGCGCGGAGAGGAAGAACGACUACGCCAGGUAGCAGAGGAGGAACAACAGCGGAUAAGGAAUGAAAAGGAACUACACGAGAAGAAGGAGAGGAAGCUCCGCGCUAAACUUCAUAAGGAAGCUGAACGCGAUGCAGAGAUGGAAAAGAAGAUGGAAAUGCAGUUGGCGGCUCGAACGGGCGACUUCUUUAACAAGAUGGAGGAGAGUCUGGGUCCAGUACUUGAGUUCGCUAGGAAGGCUAAAGGCAAGAAGAAGAUCAGGGUUCUAUCUGAUGACGAAACAUCGGCGCGAAGCAGUGGGAGCGAGACUGAGAAGUUGCACAAGAAAGCAGGGAAAUUAACGAUUAGUGAGAAGCGGAAGCGGGGCCCCGAACCUGUCUUUGAAGAUAGCCCACCGACGAUUACUCCAUCGAAGCGGACGCCCUGUACGAAGGCGAAGGAAGGUGUGGCAGUGGGACGGAUCACACGCUCGCGCAGCAAGAUUAAGACCAAGCUAUCGCCAUUGAUUGCGAAGCAGAAGAGUCCGGGGGGAUCAGAGGUACUGGCCAAGCUACGUUUUCGUAACCAAGCUAUCGAUGAAAUAAGAGGUUUGGAUGCACAGGAGCUCCAACUUAUUUAUAAGAAUGAAGGUGUGAACUACAACGGCAAGAUCAAGGCAAUCUUUGAUAUUGCCAGUCAUCGUACGAGAGUUGCAUUUGGUAAAAUUGAGGGUACCGCGAUGUCCGAGUCUGGGGAAUGUGAGGAGGAAGACUCGGCAAUGGUUGAUGUCGAGGAACCUGAUUGCGAUGCUUGAGAUCGGUACGGAACUGAUGAGAUAUGGGGUAUGGUCCGAGUGAAGAAGAAUGGGGGUGGGAACCGGAAAAGCAAAGGGAGAAGAGAGAGGAAGGAGGGAUUAUGCACGACGGGGAAGCUAAUCACGCCAGUGAGGGUGAGGCGAUCCGAUACGGAGGCUUGGUCCAUCGACCUACUCAAGUUACUUCUGGAGAAUGAAGAGGCGGGAGUUCG